AUGAACCGGUGGAAGGAAAAGUGUAACAGACCUCACCAGGGCCGUGCAGUAGAUAUAAUUCAGCAUGAUAAUAUUUCUACCACUUCGGCUGCGGCGGGGCCUGCUUCUGUAUUGUCCUCGAGUGCAGCGGCAGGAGUUGUAGCUCCUUCUUUUGGGGCGGCCACCGGAGCUCGAAGUCGCGGUCAUGGUAGUAGUAAAAAUCAGAAUCACUCAACAGGAGCACAGGAGCAACACGACCAACAGCAACAAAUUGGAAUUGCAAAUAACCUGCAGCAGCAAGGACCGGGAGGUGGACCGCAUCAGCAGUACCAGCGGCAGCACGGCCUGCAGGAGCAGCAAAAGAACCAAAGCCAAUUUUUACCUCAGCGGCAAGAACACCAUGAGCACCAAAAUCAGGAACAUCACGAGCUGCUGCACCAAACUCAUCUGCAAACAGGCCUUCAAGCAGGGGAAGUCCUCCACGCUCAACGGCAACAGCAGAGCAGCCAGCAAGUCCGCGGUCGAGAGCAGGACCUCCAAGGCCAGCAGUUAAUACAACACCAGCAGCACCAGCGAUCUUCGAGUCAGCAGCAGCAGCAGCAGCAGCAGCUAGGAACGGCGCAACAGUACGAAAGCGAUUAUGCUAUUACCCACAAGCAGAAGCAGGGGCAAGAAGAAGCGGUGCAGCCGCAGCCUGGCUCUCGCUUGGGACAUCAAAGUGCCGCUUCCGGCGCUCCCAGCGGCUCUCUCGAGAGCCAACACACCAGCACGGGGACGAGAGUCAUUCCAGGGAUCAUGAACGACCGCGCAGACCAAAAUCAACAAACUGCCGCUAUUGGCAAUGCUCCCGCCGGACCGCAAAGAUCAGGUUCAGGUCGACGCUCGGGGCUAUCUUCU